CUUCACACCUUUAAUCAGCAUUAACAUCUUAUCAGGGUUCCGUUUAAGGAACGUCCAGGAACCAUCUGCAGAACCCAAGGCUGAAGCAGGAAUGUUCACUUUUCACUGCAGUGUUUAUUACGUAGCUGUGCUAAUGUAGCUAGCUGCUCUAGAGCUUGGUCAGAACUUUAACACAACACACACACACACACACAAUAUCAGUGUGUAUAUAAAAGAUCCAGGUCCAGUCUAAUCUCUAACCGAUCCGUUUCAUCCUCUCAGUACUGCAUUAAACUUAAACAGCAGAAGAUUAGACGCCAUGUUAUUAACUCUCCUAUAGAUCAGACAGAACCCGGUUGUUUUUUUGUUAUUAAAAUACACUCCAUAGUGCUGAAUAAGGGUGACAUAAGCAGGGACUGGUCAUUAAAGAAGUCCACACGUCAGAAAUACGUCUUGGGAGAUAGGUUGAGUUUGUUUGCUUGUUGUUGGGUCCGACAUUGUGGCUCCCCUAGUGGACCAUCAGCACCACCAUCAGAGAAAAAAAACAUACGUCCAUGUGGAUGUUACUUUGACACAUCCCACCUACCUAAGCAUCCAUUUACAUGGAAUUCCUGGGUUUGCAUUUGGUUGGAUAUUUGCAUGUCUUGCGUGUCGUGUUGCAGCUGCAGCUUAUUUCACAUGAAGCGAACUAGAUGUUAAACCCAAUGAAGCUUGCCUACCUGGAUAUAAAAUAUUCCCCUUCGUCUGAAACAUGGCAUGUUUCGAUGAGUGGAUAUGAAACCGUACUAAAAUAUUAGAUCCUACGUUCAGAAAUGAGGAGCUGGAAAUUUCUCUCAAAUCUUGUUUGGGAGCUGUACGGCGUUCGGAAGGAAACGGGAGACGAGCCGGAAUGAUGGCCAUGUUAGGUGUUAGGAUCUCAACAGUCACUUCCUAGCUUUCCUUCUCUGAGCAGCAUCCGUAAUAAAAAUGUCAGCUACGAGGACCUUAGGGUCAUUCCAGUGGCUUUGUAAAAGUAUUCAACCUGAAUUAUUUCCAAAAUCGAGACUCUGAAGGAGCUGGCAUGGAUGAGAGUGGAGUGAACGUUCACCACAGCUUGGAAUAAUCCAGACCAUUCCUGAAGUUGGUCCAGAGGUUUUACUGGAUUUUCCCUAAUAAUUCAGAUCUGUCGCAUCAGUGCAUCAUUAAAAGAUUUAGAAAAUCUACAAAUAUCCAUGAGGGAAUGAGUUUGUUUUCUCAGCUACAAGAUUGCUUCAAGCUCUCCAUGCUCUUAGUCACAGCUUAAUCUUAAACUUCAAGAUUCCAGCUGCGAGUCUGAGGCCCGGCAACUGACCUGUCCAUGUUUACGCUGUGACAGCAGAGCCAUGAACAGUGAAGAAGAGGACGAGAGGAUGAACAUGACGGAGGAGGAGCUGCAGCACUGGGUGCGGUCGCAGGUGGAGAAGAACGAGCAGCUGGCGCAGAGGCGGACGCAGUUGGCGCAGGUGGAAGAGUGGGUGAAGAGGAAAGAGAGGGAGGCGACAUACACUCAGCUGCUGUACAAUAACGCCUGCGAAUCCGUGCUCGAGUGUGAGUCUGUGAUAAAGGGCUUGUAUGGAAUGCUGGGACUGGAGUAUCGUGACACGGACUCGGAGGAGGAAGAAGAAGAAGAAGAAGAAGAAGGAGACAAACCUCAGGAAAACGUUAUUCAGAUCGCGGACGACUGUGAGAACGGGGAGGAUAAGCGUGGUGACGAGGAGGAAGACGAUGAUGACUAUGUCGUCAUCGAUUUAGGGGCCACUGCUCCGGAAACAGCACUGACAGGGGAGGAACUGACGGUGUCACAGGAAGCCGACUCGGGAGCGGCCAUCGAGUCUUCCGAAUCUCCCGUCCCGCUAAACCAGAAAGGGGAAAGACCCGAAGCUGUCGAUCCUCCAGCCAAAGUCAAACCCUCAUCAUCCUCAGCGAUCAAGAAACAGAGAUCCUCUGACAAGCCUAUAGCGAACGUAAAGACUUUAGAAAGCUCUGAACCAAUUACCGCUCCAUCAUCUCCUCCUGCUUCAUCAUCCAAAUCCAUACCCGUGAGUGAGACUGUUGAACCGACCGCCGUUCAAAACACGUCUUCCACGUCCGACAGCGAUCCCGAUGAACCUGAAACUCCUACGAAACAGAAAAAUGUUGACACUCCAGCGCAACCUGUGGCAUCUACCCCAGCAUCCGAGCUCCCAUCUGUUUCUGCAUCCAAAUCUAUAGACUCUGUCAACCAGAAACCUGCAUCUAAGAGCAACCAUUCCAACGCAACCUCAACCUCAGACACUGCCGGUAAAACCAAGUCCAAGAAGAAGAAAAAAGUUAAACGAGCCAGUCCCAAACCUUCAAGGAAGUCCACGCCGACCAGGAGCACCGUUAAAGAUAAACCUGCAGCAGUCAACCCUAAACAAGGAGAUAAACCUGAGGCUAAAUCGUCUACCUCCAGCCCCAACACAAACGCCGCAGCCUCGGAGAACACUUCCAAAAAAACGACUCCUACCGAUCCACCAGAUGCGAGAGAAGUGUCCCAGAAGCCACCGGCCACGCCACCGGUCACACCACCGGUCACACCGGUGCCUGAUCAUGUUCAGCAAGAAGUGGAGCUGAAUGUCAACAUGAAGGUUCUCGGAAGGCGGAGGACUAAAACCUGGCACCCGGGCAUGAUUUUAGACAUCAAAACAACGGAGACUGGUCCUAGGUGUAAGAUCCUGUUUGACGGAGGUAAAGGGAAGAGUAUUUUAUCUGCUCAUCACCUGGCGUGUGUUGACCCUCCCAUGCUGAAGGAUCUCUUUGUGGGGUGUCGAGUCGUCGCUUGCUACAAAGAAGAUGACCAGUCUUGGCUCCACGCUGCCGUAGUGGCAGAGAUGCCGGAUCGCAGGAACCGCAUGAGGUUCUUGGUGUUUUUUGACAACGGCCGUCCAGCCUACAUCGCCCUGCCGGACCUCCACCUGGUCUGUAAACCACUGAAGAACAUGUCUGACGAUAUAGAAGAUAAGGUGUGGCGUGCAGAGGUGGAGGAAUAUCUGCAGGCGUAUCCUAACCCCAUCUUUGUGGUGAUGCGGGUGGGGCAGGACAGCAAGGUGGAACGUAAUGGAAAUAUGGAGCUCUGCACCGUCACUCAGGUGGAUGGAAGCUUGAUCCAGAUCUGCUACAAGAAAGAUCAGGAGAAAGAGUGGCUGUUUAAGGGCUCAAAUCGACUGCAGCAAAUCCAAAAUAUUAAGAAGCGAAUGUCCGGGCAGAAGAAGGACGAGGCUGUAAAUAAAGCUGGAUCAAUUGUACCUGAGAAGAACACUAAACUAUCCACUAACACCACCACUACCACCACCAGUACCACCAGCACGGCCUCCUCAACACCAGUUACUACAAAUCCUGAACCCUUAAAAUCCUCCACGUCUCCAGGUGUUUCCCAGACAGAGACGUUUCCGGAUAACUCCAUCUCACAGCCCCGAGUGGUCCUGAAGAGGGUCAACAUGCCUUUACCGCUGACCCCUGUGAAGGUCACCACACACACCGAGCCCGCAGUGACCACUCCAUCCAACACAGGAACUAAACGUCCGGCUCCUGAGGAGGAAGACUGCAGAUCACAGAACGCUCUUCUCCCGGUCGUAGAGCCCCGGCUGAAGUACGCACCUCAUCGCUGCUGCCCGGCAUGUCUGGAUCACGUGAGGCCGACGCAGAGGGAUGGACACCGCGGCCAGAACCCGCUUCUCAUCCCGCUGCUCCACGGGUUUCGCCGCAUGACCGCAAGAAGGCGUCUAGACAAGAAGAUGUCUUUUCAUGUCUUCUAUCGUGCCCCAUGUGGGCGGAGCAUGUGCGAGAUGGAAGAGAUCCAGGCCUUCCUGUUUGAGUCACGCUGCGAUUUCCUCUUCCUGGACAUGUUCUGCCUGGAUCCGUUUGUCUUGGUGAAAAGGGCCACGCUCCCGUCCUCCAUGGUCAGCAGUCCCUUUCUGUUCCUGCCGGACAUUUCGCAAGGAAAGGAGUCGGUGCCUGUGCAGUGCGUGAACGAGCUUAACACUGUCGCUCCGCCUCCUCUGACCUACACCAGACACAGGGUGCCCGCUCCCGGGGUCUUCAUCAACACCAGUCUUGACUUCAUGGUGGGAUGCGACUGUACCGAUGGCUGCCGAGACAGGUCAAAGUGCGCGUGUUACCAGAUGACCAUCGAGGCCACGUCGUUGUUCACCGGCGGUCCUGUGGACGUCACUGCCGGAUACACACACAAGCGAUUGCCCAGAUACGUUCCCACUGGGGUGUACGAGUGUAACGCUCUGUGCCGCUGUGACCCGACGCUCUGCAGUAACAGACUGGUUCAACACGGCCUCCAGCUGCGAAUGGAGGUUUUCAUGACUCAGCACAAAGGCUGGGGUCUGCGCUGCCUGGACGACAUGUCCAAGGGCACCUUCGUGUGCGUUUUCACAGGUAAAGUGGUCAAGGAUGAAGUGGUGAACACGGAGAGCGGCAUGUCCGGGAACGAGUAUCUGGCGAACCUGGACUACAUCGAAGGAGUGGAGAAACUGAAGGAGGGUUACGAAAGCGAAGCUCAUUGCUCUGACAAGGAGGACGAGACCGACAAGAAGACUCGUGUAACCAUGACGACAGGAGCUUUAAAGAAGAAGUUCCUGAUGAACUUAAGUUCAAGCAGCAAUGAAGAGAAGGAAGACACAACCAAAAGGAAAAUGACAGAAACGAAGGAAAUUCCUAAAUCCAGAAUGACCCCGGGGAAAAGAGAGAGAGAAGCGAGGGAAAAGUCAGAGCAUGAAGAUGAUCCUGUACAGGAUGUGGAUUAUAAACCCAGUGAGACCAGUGAGGAGUGUAACAGGAGCUACACCACACGCAGGAACACCAAACUCCCAGAGCAUAAGAUCUCCUCCCUCACACUCAACACAUCUCCUGCAUCCCUGCCGGGUUGCCAGAUUGAGUCUGAUCCAACCCAUUUCAUAGAAAAAGAGUCCCAGAACACUGUCCAGACAUCUGCCAAAAUCUCAGAGGAGCACACGGAGGUGACCGCCUCCAUGGCCAAGAAGAUGAGAAAAGAGGGUCCCGGAGGCCCAAAGACCGGAUUCGCCAGGAAAUCUACACGCGCUUUCGCCAUCAAGUCCACUCACAGGAGAGUGAAGCCACUGGCCGAGCCGGAGAAACGUGUGCAGGACAGUAAGGAGGCCCGCGGCAGGAAGUGCACUCGCAGCCUGUUUAACGGGGAAAAGUCCUGCUAUCUCCUUGAUGCCAAGCAGGAGGGAAACCUGGCAAGAUACAUUAAUCAUAGCUGCAGUCCCAAUUUGUUCGUCCAGAACGUUUUCGUGGACACACAUGACCUCCGUUUUCCCUGGGUUGCAUUCUUCACCAGCAAGCGUAUCAGAGCUGGAACAGAGCUAACGUGGGAUUACAGCUAUGAAGUGGGCAGCGUGGAAGGGAAGGUGCUGCUCUGCUGCUGCGGCUCGUGCGAAUGUACCGGCCGGUUACUCUGAGGUCCUCCGUACGCGGUCAGAACGGAUUCUCCGACUUCACACCAGUGUUGCGACAGUGGACAGGAGGAGCCAGAGAUCUCACACACACAGGAGGAGCCAGAGAUCUCACACACACAGGAGGAGCCAGAGAUCUCACACACACAUGCACACAAAGUUCUUUACUUGCUCACAAUUUAUAAUUCAGAAUCUGAAGAAAUGGUUGAACUCUGCAUGCUUUUAGCAUCUUUUAACUAAUUAAAACUCUAAUAAAUUGAAAAAUGAACUUCUUAAUAAAAAAAAAGGAUUAAAGCUG